AUUUCCAUCAAAAUCUACUUUUUGUUUUUAUUCCCCUCCGUCUGGCCCUUUCCGAUUUCCCUCCUGUUUUUGAUACGAUGUUGAUGGCCGUCGGGCUUCACCGACCGCAACGGUUUGCUUCGCCUCCGCCGGUUAUUGCUGCUAGUCAAAACCCUAAACUCUCUUGCUAUUCCUUGCGGAAAACAGAAACUUUCCGUUUCGGUUUCCGGUUUUGGCCGGUAAAGUUCCGAGCUUUGGCGGUCAAGAAGCAGCUAAAGAUUCGGGAAACUGAUUCAAUAGAGAGAGAGAAAUUUUCAAUACAAGAAAAAUGCGACAGUGGAGGUUUGGAUUUGGGAUGGGUGCCUGCUUUCCCUCACGUCUUGGUAGCUUCCAUGUACAAUCUUCUAUUUGGUUAUCAUAUUGGAGUAAUGAAUGGUCCCAUUAUUUCCAUUGCACGAGAACUUGGUUUUGAAGGGAACCCAAUUCUUGAGGGGCUUGUGGUUAGCAUAUUCAUUGGUGGAGCCUUUGUUGGAAGCAUAAGCUCUGGUACACUAGCAGACAAAUUUGGUUUUCGGCGAACUUUUCAGAUGGACACAAUACCAUUGAUUCUUGGUGCAAUUUUGAGUGCACAAGCGCACACCUUGGAGGAAAUAUUGUUGGGAAGAUUUCUUGUUGGACUUGGCAUUGGUGUCAACACAGUUCUUGUUCCAAUUUAUAUUUCAGAGGUUGCUCCAACAAAAUAUAGGGGAACACUGGGAACAUUGUGUCAAAUUGGUACAUGCCUUGGGAUUAUACUGUCAUUAUUUCUUGGAAUACCUGCAGAAGACAACCCUCACUGGUGGAGGGUAAUGUUCUAUGUAGCAAGUAUUCCUGGAUUGAUUAUUGGACUUGGAAUGCAGUUUGCUGUGGACAGCCCCCGCUGGCUAUGCAAAGUUGGAAGUCAGAAUGCUGCUGAAGAAAUUAUCCGGAAACUUUGGGGAGAAUCUGAAGUUGACAAAGCUAUUGAAGAAUUCAAGUCAGUUAUUAAGACUGAUGGUAGUGAUUUGGAUAGUAGAUGGUUGGAACUCAUAGAGGAGCCACAUUCCCGAGGUUGUAUGGUAUCAAGCCGGUCCCCAUUAGGAUUUAAUGGCCCAAAAAGGAAAAAAAAUCCCUACUAUUGACUUUUUAAGUAGACUGGCAUUAAUUAAAUAUACAUAUGGCAUCAUACUUCAGGUUGCAUGCCAAUUAUGUGUUUUUUUUUUCCUGUAAUUUUUAAAUUUCCAACAGUAUUGGAGCUUUUCAUAUAACUUUUCUCUGAUUCUCUACCCAAAUAGCUAUAUUUUGUCAAACCUUUUCCUCUUUCUCCUCUUUCUCCUGCUUCAUCUCUUUCCCACCUCUUUCUCUAUAUUUGUCCCUAAUUAUCUUUACUCAGCUUCUAUCCUAUAGAAACAUUUCUGAUAUGUAAACAAUUCUUGGUUGCAGUUACAUUCACUGGAGGUGCCCUUUUCACACUCCAACAGUUUGCUGGAAUAAAUGGAGUUCUUUAUUUUUCAUCGUUGACUUUUCAUGAUGUUGGAAUUUCAAAUAGCGCUUUGGCAAGUUUAUUUGUUGGACUUACAAAUUUUGCAGGUGCCCUUUGUGCAUCUUUCUUAAUUGAUAGACAAGGAAGGAAGAAGCUUCUGAUUGGAAGUUACUUGGGAAUGGCAGUUUCAAUGUUUCUAGUUGUUUAUGCUAUCAGUUUUCCAUUGGAUGAAGAUUUCAGCCACAACUUGUCAAUUCUAGGAACUCUCAUGUACAUUUUUACCUUUGCUAUUGGUGCGGGCCCUGUAACUGGUCUUGUUAUACCAGAGCUGAGUAGCAACAGGACACGCGGAAAGAUCAUGGGAUUUAGUUUCUCUGUCCAUUGGGUCUGCAAUUUCUUGGUGGGGCUGUUCUUCCUUGACCUGGUAGAGACUCUUGGAGUUGCUCCAGUUUAUGCUGCUUUCGGAGGUGUUUCCUUGUUAUCAGCUCUUUUUGCCUAUUACUUUAUUAUCGAAACUAAAGGACGUUCUCUUGAGGAAAUUGAAAUGUCACUCAGCUCUAAUUUCUCAUCUAAAGAUAAGUGAGCAGUUUUGCUUCCAAGUGUUCCAUAAAACCACAGAAUAUCA